AUGGUGUCAAAGACAGUGGACAGCAUUCCCAGGAACCCGACAGUCAGGUCGCUCAGACACCCUUCUGGCAAAGACCAGUGGACUGUUAGUGGCAGAUUGGCAAGGUUGGAGAUCAACGGCCGGUUGAGUUCUCUGUUGGACAGCAAAUUGAGAGGUUGGCCGGAUCUUUUUAGCUGGACCAUGGUUUUGGACAGCUUGAACACCUCCAGGGCCACGAAAACUGCCCACAUCCGCGACGACACAACAUAA